CCAGGGACGCCAAACAUCUCGCCUUCACCCACCUCUCGGAACCUGGCUUCUGAGAUUAUACCCCGACUAUACAUCUCUGACCUAUCCUUUGCCGAAAACCCGGCACUGCUCCGUACCUACCACAUAACGCACAUACUAUCCAUUCUCCCCGAAUCCCUAUCUCUCCCCCCGGACGCUGAACUACGACUGAUCCUCGGGUACACGCCCGUUCGUCUGCAAAUACGCGACGUCGAGGACUUCCCGUUUGCAGAACUCGCUGCACAUCUACCUACUACAACUGGUUUCAUUCAAGCUGCGUUUAAAGCCAAUCCCGAGUCGAGAGUGCUAGUGCAUUGUGUGGAAGGCAUCAGUAGAAGCGUGAGUGUGGUUGCGGCCUUCUUAAUGGCUCAAUACGGUUGGACUCCGAUGGAAGCCGUGGGGUAUGUCAAGGAGAAGAGAAAAAUUGCCAAUCCGAAUUUUGGAUUUGUAAAGCAGCUCUAUGAGUAUGGACGGGAAGCACUAGGUAAAAGA